AUGUAAUUACUUAAAGGCGCCUCAGGGUGGUGCUGUUUCUUCAUCCAAUCCAACUGUGGGACGUUUGACUACGAGACUUUUUAAAGCAUGUUACUCACACUGCUUAUUUGUUGACUUCCGCUAAGUAUUUUAUUUUCGUUGUUUGUUGUAAAACAUGUAAAGAAUUUCAACUACCGUUUGAAAUAAUAUUGUAGCUUCCCGGUGCCUGCCCAUCCCUCAGCAAGCCGGCCGUGGGCGUGGUUGUCGAGUUACAAAACAAGCGUCCGCAACUGCCCCGUGACGCUGGCCCGCAUCAGUCGAGUUUCUCCGCGGAGGAGCAGCCCAGGUUCGUCCGAUAACAUCUGCCCCACCAGGAGCGCCAGACGCCCCCUCUCCGUCUUUCUUCCCUCCCCUGGUUCUAAUUAUCCCGCCUCGGCUCGGAUGGGGGAGAAGUGCACGCCGACCGGGGGCGUCCUACGUGUGUAGCCGCCUGUUGGGAACGGACGGACGGGGCUUGUUGUCGGCGAGAUGAGCGGCGGGGAAGUCAUCCUCCAAGGCUGGCUGAGGAAGUCGCCGCCGGAGAGGAAACUGCGGAGAUACGCAUGGAAGAAGCGCUGGUUCAUUCUGCGCAGCGGGCGCAUGAGCGGUGACCCCGACGUGCUGGAGUACUACAAGAACGACCACUCCAAGAAGCCCAUCCGGGUCAUCGACCUGCACUGCUGCGAGCAGGUGGACGCCGGCCUGACCUUCAAGAGGAAGGAGUUCCAGGACAGCUUCGUCUUCGACAUCAAGACCUCGGACCGCACCUUCUACCUGGUGGCCGAGACCGAGGAGGAGAUGAGCAAGUGGGUGCGUGCCAUUUGCCAGCUGUGCGGCUUCAACCAGUCCGACGACAACAACCACGCAGAUGUCCGCCUGCAGCAUAUGCCGCGUUCCGUCGGGGCAGAUGUCUCCACCUCGGCGGCGGCCCCCCUGAGCGCCGUCACCGGCGGCGGCGGCAAGUUGUCGGCGCCCGUCCACUCCAGCCAGCCCAUCCUGUUCACCUUUGACGUGCCCGUGCGCCACUCGCACCUCAACGCCCUGUCCAACAGCGCGCCGCAGGAUUACCUCCUCCUGCACCAGUGCAUGAGCAGGAAGACGGAGAGCGCGCGGAGCGCCAGCUUCUCGCAGGCCACCAGAGGCAACGUGUUCCUGGGCAGCGACUCUGCCGUCCAGAAACUGUCCCACGGCUUCUCGCACUGCCUCAACGGGAUGGGCGCUCAGCUGCACGGCUUCUACAGCCUCCCCAAGCCCGGCAAGCAGCAGCAGCUGCCGGCGGCGCCCGACGACUCCCUUCAGGAGGCCUGCUACGUGCUGCCCCGGGGCUACGAGGCCCACGGUGGCCCGUCCGAGCUGGACCUGGAGAACGAGGAGGUGUACUCCUUCCAGACGCCCUGCAACACCUUGGCCACCGAACGCCCCACCGACAACUACGACCUCCCGACGCCGCCCGGAUCCUUCUACCAAAUACCGCGAACGUUUGAUAAGAACCACAACUCGCUGACGCCCUCCAGCUCCGAGUCGUCGUGCGCGCCCCCGCCCAGGCCGCCCAAGCCCGGCUCGGACGGGCAGUGGGGGAGUCCGCACUCGCUCGGAAGCCAGAACGGCGACGCUUCGGCCGCCGUGUCGGUCAUCCCCAGAAGGAAUACGCUGCCCGCUGUGGAGAACAUCAGACUGCACAGAGGCUCUUCGUUUGAAACGAGCAGCCAUCAGCGUCCCAUCCAUUUCAACAACACGGGCCAGUCGGUGGAGUCGGUUAACGACGGCUUUAGCUCCUACCUGAGGACCAGAACCCCCCUGACCCGCUCGGACAGCGGCAACUCGGACGACAACUACGUGCCGAUGAAUCCCGGCUCGUCACCACUAAGCGCCGCCCGGGCCGACAGUCCCAAGAACGUGUACAUCCCCAUGAGCCCCGGGCCGCACCACUUUGACUUCCCGGGCUUCUCAGCCACGCUGCCCGCCCGCAAGGGCAGCGCCGCUUCGCUGUGCCACCGGCCCGGCCGCCUCAGCGACGUCACGCCGCCGCCCAUCAAUCGCAACCUCAAGCCCAACAGGAAGUCCAAGCCGACACCUCUGGACCUGAAGAACAACAGCUUCAUUGACGAGCUGCCGUUUAAGAGCCCGGUCACCAUGUCCUGGACACGGCCCAUGCCCGCCAUGAACUCCAUGUCCUCGCAGCGAUGUCGCCCCAUCUCCACGCAAAGCAUCACCAGCACCGACUCUGCGGACAGCGAAGAGAACUACGUGGCUAUGCAAAACCCAGCAUCUACCUCGCCGGCUGUGAGCUGCACCAGCAGUCCGGCCCUUCGCAAGAGCGGCAAUGUAGACUAUCUGGCGCUCGACUUCCAGCCUGGCUCGCCUUGCGCACACAGAAAGCCGUCGACGUCGUCGGUGACGUCUGACGAGAAGGUGGACUACGUGCUGGUGGACAAGGAGAAGACUCAGGCGCUGCAGAACACCAUGCAGGAGUGGACCGAUGUGCGCCAGUCUGUUGAGCCCGCCAAGGGGGUCAAAUCUUGACACUGAGUACAUGUGACCAGUAGAGGGCGCACUUUGACUGUUUGGACCUCAAAGAAGCCAUAACUUAGCGUGCCUGUCCUCUCACUACUUCAAUGGACCAAAUAUCAGUCCCAUUUGGGGAUCUUUCACAGCUGCCCCUGCUAGAAUCAACAGAAUCAAUAGAUAAUAGAUAAAUAGGCAAGUUUACACUUUUCACACUCUUUAUGAAAUGAGCCCGUUUUGAGGGGAUGGUCCUGUCUCAUGCAAAUGAACGCCCGCCGUCCAAAAGUGGAGGAUCUUGGCACCGCCCAGCCGUCAUGGGAAGUUGUAGAGACGCCACUAGUUAUGUACACAAAAUUCUAAAAAAACACUUUGCCAUUAUGUGGCUCAUUUAAUUUCGACUUCCACAAGGAGGAAUGAUUCUUGUAGACUGAAAAAACAAUCCAACAUCUUGGAUUGUGACUUGGAGCCCAAACAGUGUUGCGUGACUGAUUAAAACACUCUAGUUCUGAAAUCUUCGGGGUUCCUCGGUGAACGAUUUUGUGGGUGACCUCAGUUUGCUUUUGAGGCUCGAACCGAUUGACGAAGCGAGUCGCAUCUCACUUGCUGCACGUGCACUGACCUUACCGAGAUGGCCGCUGCCUCGCCAUACAAUUUAGCCAUGUUGACAAAAUGCACUCAUGGAAGGAAGAGAACGGCCAUCCACUCUGAGUCAUCGCGUCAGUCCCUUGGUUUGACUUGCCUUAUUCGUAUAGUAUUGAUUUGCCUUUGAUUGGUCUUUUUGCCGCCUUCAGGGACAAGUCCUAGUGUUUGAUUCUCACUGGAGGCCACUUUGCGAGCUCUUCACUUGCCUGUUCAUUAUUUUUCUACCAUUUUUACUAUUUUUUACAUUUUUGAAUAUGGUUUUUUUUUUUUUUAUCCCCCGAGCAAGCAUAUUGUAUGAAGUAGUUUUAAUUUCUCAAUGAGAAGACGAAAAAUUUACACGAUGUGAUUGUAGUCAUCAUUUUAUGAAAAUUAGGUGAUAUUUUUAUUUACAAGAGAAUUAGUUUUUCCCAUUCCAUUUGAUUGUUCUUUGUUUUUAACGAUGAAAAAACAGGCAAGAGAGCAAUUCGCAUGUGCACAGCAAGCAUAAGUGAGAAAAAAUCAGAGUGAAGGAAAACGAAAUGGCCGCUGAUGUAUUUUAUAGUCCAGCAGAAAAGGCGUGCGUGUGUGUCGUCUUAGACUGUGAUCGUGCUAGUGUGUGACAUGAUGAUGACGGCGGGGUGGACCACGUACGUACUGUACUUGUAGACAUGAUGAUUGAUGUUGGAUCUUAUUCUUUCAUUUUUAACCACUGGUAUUGCUACUACUGUAAAAGCGUUCGCGUGUGUGUAUGUGUGUGUUAAUUUAUUAAUUUAUUGUAUGCCUACCCAAAGUCGAAAGGCAUCUCUUUCUGCAAUUGCCUGUCGCAUUAUUAGGUACACCUGUGCCAUCAAAAAAGAGUUCUGAUGCAAAACGUGGUGGGAAAUGUAUUGCAGUUCCACCGCAAAUAAUAAGCACAUUGCUAGGUGAUCGAUCCCACUACUAACCGGUGCAGGUGUACCUAAUGAAGUGUCAGGCGAGUGCGCAUGUCCCGAUGGUGUGAAGCAAUACGAGAAGAAGCCAAGUGUGGUGCAGCUCAUGGAAACUUUUCUUAUUCCUGAUGUAUUAUGGUCAACUGUGGAUGUAGAAUAAAUCGACGAGUCAACA